CAGACAGCUGCCAGCCAGGCAUGCCGAGCCCGCGGCCCUGAGGCCACUGUCCAUCAUGAAGGACCCGAUGGAGGUGGCCGCCGAAGAGCCCGCCUCAAAGGAGAGGGUGACGGCAGGGCCCUUGGGCGGCAGUGAUGGUGACAAGGUCCAGAGAGUGGCUGGGAGCGCGUCGGUCGGCUGGACACGAGCAAGACCUGAGGAGGCCCAAGCUCCGGGCAGAGACGGUGCUGCUCCAUCCCCGGGCAUCUCAAAACGACGGGCCUCCGGGGCCCUUCCUGGCCAGAGGGGACCAUAUCCCACAGACCUGACCCUGCAGCUGCUGGCCGUGCGGAGGAAGAGCGGGCUGCCAGACCCCGGGCUGCAGCAAGCCCUGCGCGCCCGGCUCCGCCUGUUGGAGACCGACAGCUGGGAGGUGGCCCGCACUCUCGGGGAGCUGUCAGCCAGGCUGCUGUCUAUCCACAGUGACCAGGAUCGGAUCUUGGUGACCUUCAAGACUUUCGAAGAAAUCUGGAAGUUUUCCACCUACCAUGCCCUUGGCUUCACGCACCACUGCCUGGAAAACCUGCUCGUGGACCAGGCCUUCUGGCUGCUUUCACCCAGUGAGGACCAGACGGCCAUCCAGGUCCACGUGGACGAAGAGGCCUUGAGGCUGACCCACGAGAGCCUGCUCAUCCAGGAAGGGCCCUUCUUUGUCCUGUGCCCUGACCACCACGUGAGAGCGACGACUGUCCCCCAGGGUGCAGGGUGGGACCCCCAGCCCCUCAGGCGGGCUUCAGGGACACCCCAAGGAGAAGCAGCUCCGGCCUUGGACUCCUCGGCGCCCAGCCUCAGCUCCUGCUCCGAGGAGGCGGCGGCAGGGGAAGCAGCAGAACCUCUGAUCCCGUUUCAUCAAUGGGCUCUCAGGGUCCCCUGGGACCCCUUCGACGACUCUGUGGGUGGACCUGUGGCGCCAGACAUUCAGCUGAUGGCCAUGGGCCUGGCCUCCGCGCUGGCAGACUACCAGGGCUUGGGGCCCGAGGAGAUGACCUUCUGCAGUGGCGACCUCAUCGAGAUCCUGGGCGCCCGGGUGCCCGGCCUGCCCUGGUUCCUGGGCCAGCACACGUCCUCGGGCCAGGUCGGGUUUGUGCGGACGAGUCUUGUCAGCGUGCAGGGCCACGCGUCUGAGUUGGACAGCGUGAUUUUUCUCGCUGAGGAAGAGCGGUCCUUCUUCAGCCGGGAGGGCCGCUUCUCCGAGGAGGGCGCCAGGCAGCUGCUCAGGAGGAUGUCGGGCGCGGACAUCUGCUCGGCCUACAGCCUGGACAGACUAGGGGAAGCUGAGGCUGAGCAGCCAGAAGGACAAGAAAUGCCUCCACCUGGCCUGCACCCAGAGCCGCAUGAGACCCUGCAGAAGGUGAAGGACAUUCUACAGCAAUGUAAGUCCUGCCACAGCUGCCCCGAGGAGCCAGUGUCCUGGGGUCUCCACACAGUGUCCAGCAGUGUGAGCUCACCGGCCACCGAGGAGCCUUCCUUCUCCCUGGACGUGGAGGACGACUGGGCGGACCCGGAGGCCCUGGGCCCCCUGCUGCGGUUCCUAGACAGUCCCGGGUACGAGGCCAGCUUCCGUGGCCUGUACGACCUCUCCCUGCCAGGGCUCAGCACCCUGUUCUGUGGCUUCACCGACGAGGAGGAGCUGGCCGGGUGCCUGGCGCAGGCCCGGGGGGUGGCCAAGAAGGCGGACCGCCCCAUGGCCCUGGCCAGGCUCUGCUUCCUCCUGGGGCGGCUGUGCGUGCGGAGACUCAAGCUGUCCCAGGCCCGGGUGUACUUCGAGGAGGCCCUAGGGGCUCUGGGGGGCCACUUCGGCGACCUCUUCCUGGUAGUAGCCCUGUAUGCCAACCUGGCCACCAUCCACCUGAAGCAGAAGAACAGGGAGAAGUGUGGGCAGGUGGUGCCCAAAGCCUGCGCCCUGCUCCUGGGGUCGCCCGGCCAGGUCUGUGGCACGGAGGCCGAGGCGGAGCUCCUGAGGCACGCUCUGCGGAGGGCCAUCGGGGCCCGGAGUCCGCAGGCCGAGGCGCGCGCCUGCUUCCUGCUGGCCAAGCACCAGGUCCGCCUCAAGCAGCCCGAGGCCGCCCUGCCCUUCCUGGAGAGGCUGCUGCUCUUGCACAGGGCCUUGGGGCGCCCGGACGCUGUGUGGCCCGCAGACUGCUACCUGCUCCUGGCAGAUGUCUACAGCAGGAAGUGCCUGCCUCACCUGGCGCUCAGCUGCACCAAGGUGGCCUCGCUGCAGACUCGGGGCUCGCUGGCCACCUCCCUCAGGAGCGUGGACCUGGUCCUGCAGAACGCACCCCAGCCCCACCGCCUCCCCUCCCAGAUCGCUCACUACCUCAGGCAAGCGCUGGCCUCCCUGGCCCCAGGCACGAGGCUGGCAUGGCGCGGUCCCCUCUAUGCCAGCCUGGCCCAGCUGCACAGCCACCACCGGCAGCACGGCCGGGCCAUCUCCUUCAUGAUGCGGGCAGUGGAAGCCGACGCUGAGAUGGGCAGCCGCCUGGUUGUGGACCACCUGGUGGCCCUCGCCUGGCUGCACAUGCUACACAGACAGAGCCCGGUGGCCGUGGACAUCCUGCAGUCUGUCCUGGAUGCAGCGGUGGCCACUGUGGACCAGGAGGGAGUGAUCGCCAACAUGAUCGCCAUCGCCCUGAAGAGGACGGGCAGGACCCGGCAGGCGGCCGAGGGCUAUUACCGCGCCCUGAGCAUCGCCAAGGGCCUGGGCCAGCUGCAGAACCAGGCAGUGGUCCUGGCCAACUUCGGGGCCCUGUGCCUGCAGGCGGGGGCCAGGGGGCUGGCCCAGCACUACCUCCUGGAGGCCGUGAAGCUGUUCUCUCGGCUGCCCAGCGGCGAGUGUGGCCAGGACUUCACGCAGGUGCUCCUGCAGCUGGGUCACCUGUACACCCUCCAGGCCCUGGCCCAGCAGGGCAAGUGCUAUUACGAGUGGGCCUUUCUGGUCGCCGUGGAGAUGAACCACUUGGAGAGCCAGCUGCGAGCCGUCCAGCGGCUGUGCCACUUCUACAGCACGGUCAGGCCCAGGAAGGCCCAGUGCGUGGUCUACCAUGAGUUCCAGCUCUCGCUGGCCCGAAGAGUGGCCGACAAGGCGCUGGAGGGGCAGCUCCUGGAGACCAUCAGCCAGCUCUACCUUUCCCUGGGCACUGAGCGGGCCUACAAAUCAGCGCUGGACUACACCAAGCGCAGCCUGGGGAUCUUCAUCGACCUCCAGCAGAAGGAGAAGGAAGCCUACGCCUGGCUGCAGGCCGGGAGGAUCUAUUACCUCCUCCAGCAGAGGGAGCUGGUGGACCUGUACAUCCAGGUGGCACAGAAUGCAGCCCUGUACACAGGGGACCCCAACCUGGGGCUGGAGCUGUUCGAGGCAGCCGGAGACAUCUUCUUCAACGGGGCGUGGGAGCGGGAGAAAGCUGUGUCCUUCUACAGGGACCGGGCGCUGCCCCUGACGGUGACCACAGGGAACAAGGAGGCGGAGCUUCGUCUGUGCAACAAGCUGGUGGCGCUGCUGGCAGAGCUGGGCAUGCGGCAGGAGGGCCUGGAGUUCGCCCACAUGGCCCUGGCGCUCAGCAUCACCCUGGGGGACCGUCUGAACGAGCGGGUGGCCUACCACCGGCUGGCCGCCCUGCACCACCAGCUGGGCCACGGGGAGCUGGCGGAGCACUUCUACCUCAAGGCGCUCUCGCUCUGCAGCUCGCCGCUGGAGUUCGACGAGGAGACGCUGUACUACAUGAAGGUGUACCUGGUGCUUGGGGACAUCAUCUUCUACGACCUGAAGGACCCGUUCGACGCGGCCGGGUACUAUCAGCUGGCACUGGCGGCAGCCGUGGACCUGGGCAACAAAAAGGCGCAGAUGAAAAUCUACACGCGCCUGGCCACCAUCUACCACCACUUCCUGCUGGACCGCGAGAAGUCCCUCUUCUUCUACCAGAAGGCCAGGACCUUCGCUUCCGAGCUCAACAUCCGCAGGAUCAGCCUGGCCCCCCAGCGGAGCUGGGGACGGGCACCCUGGCUGGCCUCGGGCCACCCGCCCUGAGGGCCUGUCCUUGGGGAGUGGGUCCUGGUGGCUCACUUUCUGGGAAAUAAAGGAAGGGG